AUGAAACGGCCAGCUCUCGCCGUCGACGCCACCUUCCCUGACCAGUUUCAUCACCCUCAGGAGUCUAAUGGUCCAACAAUUGGUAGCCAAGACGGGUUACAGGCACAAGGGACAGUCUCGACCACGAGCGCACCUGUGGUUCGCCAAAAGCCAAGGGUUCGAGCCAGGAGAGGUCAAGCCACUGACCCUCACAGCAUCGCUGAGCGGCUAAGAAGAGAGCGUAUUGCAGAGCGUAUGAAAUCUCUCCAAGAACUGGUUCCAAACACCAACAAGACUGAUAAGGCAUCAAUGUUGGAUGAGAUCAUCGAGUACGUUAGAUUCCUUCAGCUUCAAGUCAAAGUACUAAGCAUGAGCAGAUUAGGAGGUGCAGGAGCAGCUGGUCCACGCCUCAAUGGUCUCACCUCCGAGGUAGGAGGACGGCUCAACGCUCUCACUGGACCGUGCAAUGGCCUAAACGGGAAUGGAAACGCAACUGGAUCAUCUAAUGAGAGCCUAAGGUCAACAGAACAGAGAGUGGCAAAACUGAUGGAAGAAGACAUGGGAUCAGCAAUGCAGUAUCUGCAAGGGAAAGGGCUUUGCUUAAUGCCUAUAUCUCUCGCUACCGCCAUAUCUUCCACGACAACACACUCUCAAUACAGACCCAGAGGUGGUGGGACCGGACACUAA